UUUCCUGUGCACACAAAUCCCUCUUUCUUCUUUCUCUCGUCACCAAAGGAAAACCAAUCCAGCCAUCUGCGUCGACGAGAUGGGUCAGGUCGUCGCCAAGGCGAAGCAAGGUGCCGAGCAGGCGACGCAGAAGACCGAUAAGGACGGCAAGGUUGUGCCUAAACCUAGUGAGGCCAAGGAGCUCAUCAAUUUUAUGGCGAAAAACUACGAGACUAAAGUCCAGAGCGCAAAAACCUUCGACGAAUUCUACCACGCCAUUUAUGAACUCAUCGAAAUGUUCUGUGAAGAACGAGGGCAGUUGCAGUACAAGAUGCCAUCGAAAAAGAGACUUGAGGAUGCGUACAAGGCUGUUCACCCCAACGGUACAGCAAACCUGAGCAAGACGGACUUCAUGAAGAUCACCGAGAGUAUCAUCACGAUGGACAGCUUCACCUUCGGCAAGGCCGCCCUUGACGUGCUGGUGGUCCUCUUCGGCGCCCCGGUGUGCGCGCUCCUCGCCAAGAGGAUCAUCCCGGGCCUCAAGUCCUUCUCCGACGACAUGGUCAUUCCUUUGGCCACCUCUGGCGCCGUUGUGUACCUUGCCAAGACCAACAAGCUAUGAGCAGGCACAAUGACAAAAUUGUUACUGCUACUGCUAGCCACAGAACAAAUAAUGUGUCGACUCUCGAAUAGUAGCGAACUAACGAUACAAUUCUGUGGUGGUUCAGUUGUGUUCAGAUUGUAAAAUUUGUAAAGAUGUAUAGUAUUAAAACUUGAUGUGGCAUUACUGUGCUCUUCAUGUAACACUCUCCAAGUAUAUAUAAUUCUGCGACUGUAACUCAAAUUCAGAAAUAUUCAGAAACCAAUUCAGAUU